AUGGGUGUUAACGUUUCUUGGAGAAUUAUCCUUUGGGCUCUACUAGUUUUACUGUUUGCUAAAGACAGUAAUGCAAGGAAGAUAACUCACAUAAGAGGGGAAGUACUGGAUGGUGAUACAAAUGGUCUGCAACACAAUCGAGAAAUGCCUGAUUUGCGACAACUUUCCAAGGAUGAUCAUCAGCUAAUCAAGCAUGGUAAGGAUGAUGAUCAUCAAAAGCAUGCACAUGCUCAUCUAUCAUCUCAUAUGGAUCACAUGGACCCUUCAGACAAGAUUUUCUUCACCAUGAAAGAUCUAAAAGUUGGAAAAACACUUCCAAUUUACUUCUCCUAUAGAGACCCUUCUACUUCUCCUUAUCUGAUAGCUAGAGAAGAAGCCAAUUCAAUUCCUUUCACUUUAGCAAAAUUACCGUACCUUCUUGAAUUUUUCUCUUUGUCCAAAGAAUCUCCUCAAGCCAAAGCCAUGGAAUAUACACUAGGACAGUGUGAACUUGAACCCAUGGAAGGAGAGACCAAGUUCUGUGCUACUUCCUUAGAAUCCAUGCUUGAUUUUGCACAGACCACCUUUGGAUUGGAUACCAAAGUAAAAGCUUUGACUACCAACCAUCUUAGAAAGCCAGUUCCAGCUUUAAAAAACUACACCAUUUUGGAAGAUCCUAAAGAGAUCUUGGCACCAAAAAUGAUAGGAUGUCAUACUAUGCCUUACCCUUAUGUAGUUUACUAUUGCCAUAGCCAAGAAGGUGGGAACAAGCUAUUUGAGAUUUCACUUGGAAGUGAACAUGGAGAUAGAGUCCAAGCUACCGGUGUUUGCCACAUGGACACCUCUCAAUGGGAUCCAGAUAACCCAUCGUUUCGUGUGCUGAAGAUAAAGCCUGGAACUGCCCCUGUGUGCCAUUUUUUUCCAGCAGAUAACAUAGUUUGGGUGCCUUUAAUUUGA